AUGUCGUCGUUCAAUCCGUACACUCAGAAUGGCGGUACAAUCCUUGCCAUCGCUGGCGCAGAUUUUAGCGUUGUAGCGGGUGACACGCGCCAGAGCGAGGGUUACAAUAUCCAGACGCGGUAUGCGCCCAAGGUGUUUCGAUUGACGGAUCGUGCAGUAUUGGCUGUGAAUGGGUUUGCAGCGGACGGAAACAUGUUCGUCAAGAAAGUAAAGCAGCGUCUCGAGUGGUACCGACACGCUCAUGCAAAGGAUAUGCCUCUUCGAUCGAUUGCGCGGUUGAUCCAAACGAUGUUGUAUUCUCGCAGGUUUUUCCCAUACUACGUGUAUAACAUUUUGGGAGGUAUCGAGGAGGAUGGCUCGGGCGCAGUGUACUCUUUCGAUCCUGUAGGUUCCUACGAGCGCGAGACUUGCCGCGCGGCAGGAUCAGCCCAGUCCCUCCUACAACCCUUCCUGGAUAACCAGAUCUACUUCAAGAACCAACAGCCUGCACCGGGAAUGUCGCAUCCAACACACUUGCCACUACAGGCAGUACUCGCGCUUGUCAUUGAUUCGUUCACGAGUGCGACGGAGAGGCACAUCGAGGUCGGAGACGGGCUGGAAAUGUAUAUCAUUCUUGGGAAAGGACGGGGUCUGCAGGGGCUGGAGGGUGUGAAGGGUGUGCAGGAGUUGACGACAUCAGAGGACGGCGAGCGCAUAUUCGUUGUUCGCAGAGAGCUUAAGAAGGAUUAG